CUUCUUUUUUUUUUCUAAUUUCAACUGUUAAAAAGACAAGACUUAUGUUUACACAUUGAAAAUCAAUUGUUCCAAAGUUGAAAAACUAUUUGCUUUCACCGCGAUUUUCUCUACCCAACAAAAAAAACAAAACACAUUAGACAGAGUUGUUACUUGUUAGGCAUCAAGUCAACAACUCGCCCAACCUAACAUUAACCUAAAGCAACCCACUUUCGUUUAUAAAAACAAAAACUUAACCUAUAGUUUCUUUAUAGCUCACAAAAGUCAAUAAUUCUACCUUAUUAUAUACACACACACAUUCUCAUCUUCAUCCAUUAUUAACGUCACUUUACCCUUAAAACCAGUUUUUUCCUCCACCCAAAACAAAACAAUUAAAAUGAAGAGCCAAGUUUUAGUUUUAGUACUCAUAGGAGCAAUCUUCUGCAUAGAAGCUGAGACGAUCAGAGAAGAUAAACACGCUCUUCUUCAAUUCGUUAGCAACAUCAGUCACUCUCAUUCACUCAACUGGUCACCAACUCUUCCUAUAUGCACCAAAUGGACCGGUGUUACGUGCGACUCCAACCAUUCCAGUGUCAUCGCUCUUCACUUAGCAGCCACGGGUCUUCACGGGCAUCUCCAGCUAAAGGACAUAGCCAGGUUAACUAAUCUCCAGUUUCUCAUUCUCAGUUCUAACAACAUCUCUGGACCUUUUCCUCCAAGUUUUCAAGCUUUGAAGAACUUGACCGAGCUUAGACUCGAUUUCAACGAGUUCUCUGGUCCGUUGCCUGAUGAGUUCUCUUCUUGGGAGCGUCUACGAGUUCUUGAUCUCUCUAACAACCGGUUUAACGGUAGCAUCCCAUCUUCUAUCGAGAAGCUGGCUCAGUUACACUCUCUGAAUCUUGCUUAUAACAAGUUCUCCGGUGAGAUUCCGAAUCUCCAUGUUCCUGGUCUGAAGCUGCUCGACUUAGCUCACAACAAUCUGACAGGCACCAUACCGGAGUCAUUGCAGAGGUUCCCACUCUCAGCAUUCGUCGGAAACAGUGUUUCCUCUUCAAAACUAGCUCCUGUAAGGAAGCACCACCACCAUAACCAUGCAGUUCUUGUCAUAGCAUUAAGCGCGUGUUUUGCAACACUAGCUCUCCUCGCUAUCUUACUGGUGAUCAUCCACAACAGGGAAGAGCAGAGAAGAACCGCAAAGGAGAAACCAAGCAAGAGGAGGAACGAUUCAGAUCCAAACCUAGGCGAAGGAGGUAACAAGAUCGUGUUCUUCGAAGGGAAGAAUCUUGUCUUCGACCUCGAAGACUUGCUGAGAGCUUCUGCGGAAGUUUUAGGGAAAGGACCGUUUGGGACAACCUACAAGGUCGAUGUCGAAGACUCGGCCACCAUCGUCGUGAAAAGAAUCAAGGAAGUGUGCGUCCCUCAGAGAGAGUUCGAGCAGCAGAUCGAACACCUUGGCAGCAUCAAGCAUGAGAAUGUUGCUACUUUGAGAGGAUAUUUCUAUUCUAAGGAGGAGAAGCUUGUGGUUUAUGAUUACUACGAACAUGGAAGUCUCUCCACAUUACUACACGGUCAGAGAUGUCUAAAGAAUAGGAAACCUCUAGAUUGGGAAACAAGAUUGAACAUGGUGUACGGAGCAGCGAGAGGAGUAGCUCACAUCCACUCUCAAAGCGGAGGCAACAAACUAGUAGUCCAUGGAAACAUAAAAUCAUCUAACGUUUUCCUCAACGGGAAAGGAUAUGGCUGCGUCUCCGGGGCAGGGAUGGCUGCGCUGAUGCAUUCGCUACCGCGACACGCAUCAGGCUACCGUGCGCCGGAGAUAGCAGACACGAGGAAGGGGACUCAACCUUCGGAUGUGUAUAGUUUCGGUGUUUUGAUAUUCGAGGUGCUGACAGGGAAGGCAGAGGUGGGUAACCUGGUGAGGUGGGUGAACUCGGUGGUUAGAGAGGAGUGGACAGGGGAGGUGUUUGACGAAGAGCUGAUGAGGUGUACUCAGGUGGAGGAGGAGAUGGUGGAGAUGCUUCAGGUUGGUAUGGUUUGCACGGGGAGGUUAGCGGAGAAGAGGCCGAAGAUGAGUGAGGUGGUGAGGAUGGUGGAGGAGAUAAGGCCGGAGAAGCUAGCGAGCGGGUAUAGAUCGGAGGUUUCUACAGGGUCGACUCCGAUAGGGAGUAUAUCAGGAUCACCGUAUAUACUCUGAGAAAAAGACUAUUUCAUUGAGCUUUCAUGUUAUGUAUCUGAUCAUUCAGAAAAGAGUUUUCACUGUUUCAGUUUAUAGUGAAUGAUGUAAUUGAUAUGUUGAUUUCUAGCAAGACCAGUAAAAGGAACUCAAUUCAUAUAUAAAUUACGUAGAAAAGACAUUUCUCAAUAUCAAAAGGGAUUAUUACAUAGUUCUUAUCUAAGGAAGAAACAGGAAACAGAGUGUAGUAAGUAAACAACAUACCGCCUUGAGUUCAGCUUUUAGACAUAGCUAAAAGGAAAAAGAACCCAUUCACAUUCAAAAUAGGUCUUUCUUGUUCUCCCUCCAGAGUUGAGAUGUAGUCACUUCCACUUAAAGCUGGUCUUGAUACCACCUGAAAAGCAAUAGUAGAGCUUAAUGAGCCGAGAGGACAUGUGAAGAUAGUCGCCACGGUGCUCUCUAUAACGAGACGUUUUCCUCCGAGUUCCUCCAUCUCCCUGUAUCAAAAUCAGGUGUCCCAGAUUCUUCUCCGUCGUGGUAAGGCCCACUUUGAUCCUAGAACCGGUCCAUUUCUCCCGGCGACGAUGACUCUGGAUCAGUUACAUUUUUUAUUUUUUUAAAACAAUCU